AUGAACACAUCGGGUUUCGCCCCCUUGGGAAAUGUUUCGGGUCACCUGAAUUUUUCGGAGACGAACUCGCAGAUCUUGCAGUUUGAGGACGAGGAUUGCCGUGUGCCUUUGGCCAUGGUCUUCACUUUGGCCUUGGCUUACGGGACUGUGAUAAUUCUGGGAAUCUCUGGGAAUCUGGCCCUGAUUGUCAUUAUUUUAAAACAAAAGGAGAUGCGCAAUGUUACCAACAUCCUCAUUGUCAACCUGUCCUUUUCUGAUCUCUUAGUGACCAUCAUGUGUCUUCCGUUUACCUUUGUGUAUACUUUAAUGGACCACUGGAUUUUUGGGGAGGCCAUGUGCAAAUUGAACCCUUUUGUGCAAUGUGCCUCCAUCACCGUCUCGGUCUUUUCUUUAGUCCUCAUUGCUAUCGAGCGCCAUCAGCUGAUCAUCAAUCCCCGUGGCUGGAGGCCGAACAACAGACAUGCCUACAUGGGGAUUGCUGCCAUAUGGAUUUUAGCCACAGCUUCCUCUUUGCCUUUCCUGAUCUACCACGUGUUAACAGAUGAGCCCUUCAGAAAUGUGACAUUUGAUGAAUAUAAGGACAAAUAUGUGUGCUUGGACCUGUUCCCCUUGGACACUGCCAGGCUUUCUUAUACCACGACACUUUUGGUGAUUCAGUACUUUGGACCACUUUGUUUUAUAUUUAUUUGCUACUUGAAGAUAUACAUACGGUUAAAAAAACGUAACAACAUGAUGGACAAGAUGAGAGACAGUAAGUACAGAUCCUCUGAAACCAAAAGGAUUAACAUCAUGCUGAUCUCAAUAGUGGUCGCAUUUGCAGUUUGCUGGCUGCCUCUCACCAUCUUCAAUAUUGUGUUUGAUUGGAAUCAUGAAAUUCUGCCUGUUGCUACCUGCAGCCACAACCUGUUGUUCCUGAUUUGCCACCUUACUGCCAUGAUCUCUACCUGUGUGAAUCCCAUCUUCUAUGGGUUUCUCAAUAAGAACUUCCAAAGGGACCUGCAGUUUUUAUUUCAUUUCUGUCACUUCCACUCCCGUGAGGAGGAUUACGAGACUAUAGCUAUGUCCACCAUGCAUACAGAUGUUUCAAAAACCUCUUUAAAGCAAGCAAGCCCAGUUGCAUUUAAAAAAAUAACUAGUGAUGAUGAUGAUAAAAUAUAAAGAAGUAAUAAAAAUUCUACACCAAACUGCUGGAAAUGUGAUCACAGUUGAAAAGUGUCCAAGGACAAGCACAAUUACAUAAGAAGUACAAAAUGGGUAAUGUUUUUCUUCCUUUUCCAAGGAACUUUGAUUGUUGUCCCUUUGAAAUUAUACACUGUGCAUUUUUGCCCCUUUUACUGCUUUAAUGUUCAUGGAGGUUGUAUCUGAAUUUUAUUAUAAGACUUAGCCAGACCUGCUACUACCUAUGGUUUUCAUCAGCUGUCUUUUGUUCUGUUUUCUUUGUACAGUUAUGUGCUCUGGUACAAAGGUGUAUUUAUUGAUUUUUUUUUUCCAAAGAAGUAGUUUUCAGAAGUGUUCACCUAAGACCAUUAAAAACAGUAUGAACCACAGGGACACUGUCACUACAGAGGACACC